AUGGCUUUCCCGAAUCCCGGAGACAGACGACUUCCUCAUUUGAAAUCAAGCCCACCCGCCGGCGGCGGCGGCGGCGGCGGAUCGGCCCCUUCGGCAAUUGCAGCUCACUCGGUGGUCCAAAAGCAGCCUGCUCUGUUCAGGACCAGGAGUCACCAGCAACAUGAUUCGUCGCCGCCCAUCAAGCAGGAGCCAUUCGAGUCCUUGAAUCGGUUGAGUCUCACCGAACACGCAAGUGAUACGAGACCAAGCAAACGUCCCGCGAUUGAAACAGAAUGGUGGCCCAGCAAGAUCAGAGCUGGCUCAGCUUCCCCAGCAUACUCUCCCGGCCGCCAUGAGCACGAAAUUUCACAUAUACACUCACCCCCGCCGGACUCGAGUAGGCAGUCACCGUCGGGGGGCUAUCAAUCGGCUCAGCAGACGCCCGUCUCAUCUCCCAAGCCAACGUCACGCCAUUUAAGUACCUUCCCACGUCAGAAUAGCCGUGCUUUCGCCCAUCACAUCGAGUCGGAAAGAAAGUAUCAUGAACCGCGACCCGCUUCAGCUCAUUCCUCCCAGGAUGAUUACUCGGAGGUAGAAAUACGGCCGCUUUUACAGCCCGAGACGAGGCCUAUCUCCCAGGAACAACUCGUCAAUGAAGUAAAAGGCAUCUACGCUGGGCUCGUUAUGGUUGAGAAGAAGUGCGUGGAGAUAUGUGCCCAACAAGCUCAAACCACCAACAAACUCAACAACGAGCAAUGGCAGGCAUUAAUCGCCCUACACCGCACUUUACUUCAUGAGCAUCAUGACUUUUUCCUGGCGUCUCAACACCCAACGGCAUCGGCAGCGUUACGACGCCUCCCGACAAAAUAUGCAAUGCCGGCACGCAUGUGGCGACAUGGUAUUCAUUCUUUCCUGGAACUUCUCCGCCAUCGCCUCCCAUAUUCUCUGGAACACAUGCUCAGCUUUGUAUACCUCGCCUACCAAAUGAUGGGACUUCUUAUGGAGUCAGUACCGGCCUUCCACGAGACCUGGAUAGAAUGUUUAGGCGACUUAGCUCGUUAUCGUAUGGCCAUUGAAGAGGUUGACCUACGAGAUCGAGAGACUUGGUCUAAUGUCGCUCGAAUGUGGUAUCAGAAGGCCGCCGACCGUUCGCCCGAUACCGGAAGGAUCCAGCAUCACCUUGCAGUUCUCGCCAGACCUCACAUCGUUUGCCAAUUAUUUUACUAUUCCAAGGCUCUCAUCUCCGUCAACCCUUUCCCUAACGCCCGGGACUCAAUUAUGCUUUUGUUUACUCCCCUAUUGGAGGUAUCCUCGACCCAGAAGCCGAAGUUGGAGUCCACCCCUUCCAAAUAUCCCAAGCUCGAGAGUUCUCUAGUAACUGCCGCCGGCCUUCUAUUCACUAAGGGUUCCGUCGACCAGUAUUGCUUCCAGGUUGAGCGAUUUACAUCGGAGCUAGAGAGUCAUAUAGCACGAUCUGGCGUCAAUUGGAAGGCUCAGGGACCAGAGGUGGCUUCUGCGCUGAUUGCAUUCCUUCUUGACUUUGGCUCGGACGACAAUUACCUCUGGAAAGCGUUCCGUGCCAAUCACGAUCGAAUUAAAGGUUCCCAACCAGAGACGCAACAAGAGCAGCAACAAGAUUGCAGCACCACGAUUACCCCGAUUACCCCGGAUCCCAUGGCCAAAGAACGUAUCCACCGUGAAUUCUGGGAACAAACAUCCAUCGAUGCAAGCGAUUUCCGCCAGGCCUCCCCGCCUCCCGAGCACCGUAUCAAAGACAAAUUCACGUCGGCAGAUGAAGUAACUUCAUAUGGCCUUCAAGUGUGGUCCCAGGCUAUAACCAUUGUAGCGGGCAAGCUCGGAGAUCGCAAUAUCCUACCUUUUCUGCAUCUUACGUUAGCAUUCGUUUGGUCACUGUCAUACGUUCCAGGCGCCCUGAUCUAUGUCGAAAAUUAUGUUCCGUGGAGAGUGUUGGUCCUUUUCUUGAACAGCUUGAGCAGAUCUGGUGUGGUUGAUGCGCACGUCGAAUCCAAGGAGUUCCCUUUACAACGGUCCGGUACGGGAAGACAGUUACCCGAAGACUUUCCAAUCCGCGGCCUAGUCUGGGCGCCGUACUAUUUCCCGUCGGACUUUUUCGAGGGAGAGGUUGCUGACGAAGAUGAGCGCGCAUUGGAGCUGCCAAGCCACACAGCACCACGGGCUGAACGGUGUCUCUGGCUGGGAGUUAGACUUGCAUCGUUGAAUCGCUACAUGACAUAUGACGCUUUGACAAAGCAAUUUGGUUGCACCAGCUUUGCUUUGUCGCUUGCGGAUGAUGCCUCAAUGCAUACGUUGCACGUUCAAACACCCACCACCGUUGAACGUGACCUGCAAAUGACCGACGUCUGA